UCGCGGUGGGAAGAGAGGAGGCGAAUACGCACUAUUUUCUGUCGCGCACUAACAUUGUUCUAGAGUGCUCCACAACCAGGGCCAUCUUUGGUCGUCCUCGCCGGUGACAGUCUGGACAGUUUAUUCCAUUGGUCAUUAGUGCCUAACGAUUAUUUAACAAUAGUACAAUUACAACAGCGCAACGGGCAGAAAAAAGGGAGCUUUGUGCAAACCCACCGGUAAUUCUUUCCUUCAAUACCCUUCAUUUCUCGAGGCAAAAAGAGGGCGAGACGGGAGAGGCGGUGAUACAACAUGGAUGAGGAAUAUGAUGUGAUCGUUUUGGGCACCGGACUCACGGAAUGCAUUCUGUCCGGCAUCAUGUCUGUGAACGGGAAAAAGGUUCUACACAUGGACAGGAACCCCUACUAUGGUGGCGAGAGCUCCUCCAUCACCCCUCUGGAGGAGCUGUACAAGCGCUUCAGUCUUCCAGAUAGUCCGCCCGAGUCCAUGGGCAGAGGAAGGGACUGGAACGUUGACCUCAUCCCCAAGUUUCUCAUGGCCAACGGUCAGCUGGUGAAGAUGUUGCUAUACACAGAAGUUACACGGUACCUGGACUUUAAGGUAGUGGAGGGAAGCUUCGUCUACAAAGGCGGAAAGAUCUACAAGGUUCCUUCAACCGAGACCGAAGCACUAGCUUCAAAUCUGAUGGGAAUGUUUGAGAAGCGAAGGUUUCGGAAGUUCUUAGUCUUUGUGGCCAACUUUGACGAGAACGACCCCAAGACCUUUGAAGGCGUGGACCCCAAAACCACAACAAUGAGGGACGUUUACAAGAAGUUUGACCUUGGCCAGGAUGUCAUUGACUUUACCGGCCACGCCCUGGCCCUCUACAGGACAGAUGACUAUCUUGAUGUUCCCUGUUUGGAGACGAUCAAUCGUAUCAAACUGUACAGUGAGUCGCUGGCACGGUAUGGAAAGAGCCCCUACCUCUACCCCCUGUAUGGUCUGGGAGAGCUUCCCCAAGGGUUUGCCAGGUUGAGUGCAAUCUAUGGAGGGACCUACAUGUUGAACAAGCCAGUGGAUGAGAUAGUGAUGGAAGGGGGCCAUGUGAUUGGAGUGAAGUCUGAGGGCGAGGUGGCCCGCUGUAAGCAGCUCAUCUGCGACCCCAGCUACAUCACGGACCGCGUCCGGAAGGCGGGUCAGGUGAUCCGUGUGAUCUGCGUCCUCAGCCACCCCAUCAAAAACACCAAUGACUCCAACUCCUGCCAGAUCAUCAUCCCUCAGAAUCAGGUUAACCGCAACUCAGACAUCUACGUGUGCAUGAUCUCCUACGCUCACAAUGUGGCAGCCCAGGGGAAGUACAUUGCCAUUGUCAGCACCACAGUGGAAACCAGCGAGCCGGAGGCCGAGAUAGAGCCUGCCCUGGAGCUGCUGGAGCCCAUCGACCAAAAGUUUGUGGCUAUUAGUGACCUUUAUGAGCCCACAGACGAUGGUACUGACAGCCAGGUCUUCGCCUCGAGGUCCUAUGACGCCACCACUCACUUCGAGACCACUUGCAACGACAUCAAGGACAUCUACAAACGUAUGACCGGCAGCGACUUUGACUUUGAGAACAUGAAGCGCAAGCAGAACGACGUGUUUGGGGAGGAUGAGCAGUGAGCGCUCAAAGGCAGAGGGGCCCCCUUGGGGGGAGGAGGCUGGGGCGAUAAAGGGGCCCGAAGGAGGCGCCAGAGAGCCGGGGAGGCGCAGCCCUCUAAAAACAGAUGGGG